AUGAACUCGGAAUCAGCACCACCACCACCUUAUGGGUUUGAAAAACCAGUUAAUUAUCAACAAGCACCACCACCACCACCACAACCAAUGCCAAUAGCACAACCGGUAUAUGUUGGAACCCCAAUUGUUAUUGUAGGUGACUAUCCAAUGCAAUGUAUGUGUCCUCGAUGUGGAAGACAGAUUGUUACACGAAUAGAAAAGAAAUCUGGCCUUCUCGUCUGGAUUAUUUGUGGUGUUCUUUUCCUUUUGGGUUUAUGGAUUUGUUGUUUUAUACCAUUUUGUAUUGAUAGUUGUAGAGAUACAGAACAUUAUUGUCCAAGUUGUGGCGCAAUGCUUGGUAUUAACAAAAGAAUAUAA